CUGUACAUUGUGUACCAGCCCAAACGUUCCUGCUCAAUCCAUUUUCUUUGUGAUAUCUGAACGUUCGAGUCCUAGUCUCUGCCCUGCGUUAAUUCGUUCUAAGGGGUUGUGACACUGGCACACCAAGAUUAAAAAUAGGUUAAAACGGUGAGCUCGCCAUUUGAACGACUCACAUUUAGCUCAUGAGGCUUAGGAUGACAGUCAACACCUUAAAGUACAUUGAAGUGAUGGGUGCCACAGGUGCCGGUAUCAAAAAGAGGUCUGACGUGGAUAAAAGCUGUCAAAACCAAUUCGUAACAAAGUGGAUGGAGAUUGAGGGGGCAUGUCCUUACUUCUUCGAGAUGUGUGAGCUCAUUGGUCAGCGUCUGAACAACAUACCUGUUGGGCUCGGCAACAAUGACACUGAUAUUGAUGUGUCUGCCAUUCUUCGAAGCUCGCCUGACUAUGCUCCAGGUAAUGACUUGGGGGGGUAUGCCUCCGAGGAGUGGGAUAUCGAGAGGCAGACUCCGGAACGCGGGAACGACUCGGCAAAGAACAUUGGAUUGGUGCCUUCUGAAGAUGGAAAACAUGUCGACAGUGUUCGGAAAUGACGGGG